AUGAGGAAAAGUGGCAUACUGAGCAAACAGUACCUGUGUAGGCGUUUAUUCCAGAAGGGUUUGUGGUUCUUUUCUUCCUCUCCUGAAGUGGACCUGAAAGCUGUGACAGUCAAUGUAACCAUCCAGGAUUUUGUGGCUGAUGUGGUGUCUGAGCUGCUUUUCUGCAACAGGCUGCAGGUCUCUAACAAGACUGUGUUUGUCCUUCCUGUGGACUCCAACACUGUUGUACACACCUUCUACGCUACCAUGGGGGACACUCGUGUUGAAGCAAUGCUCUGGGAGAAGGAGGAGGCCCAGCAGUUGUGCAAAGCCACUUCAGGCAUGGAGAAUUUAAGAUACCUGCAGGACCAGUGGGAUCUUUGGGGUCCUGUGUUUGCUUGUUUCCUGGGGUCUCUGCCUUCUGAUACAGAGGUGACCAUCAGCCUGUGCUAUGUUCAGGAGCUGCCACUGCAGCCUGAUGGAGCAGCCCAGUUUUGCUGGCCAUAUGAGCUGUUCCCCCAGGUGUUCCCUUGGAGAAGAUAUGAUUCCACAGACCAGAUCUCUUCUGAGGAGAUACCCAAAAACCUGGACUUCAUUGUCUGUCUGAAGUCAGCCCAUGGUGUGUCCCAUGUUGACAUUAACUGCAGCUACACCCCUUUGCAAUACACAGCUCCAGAUCAGACAUCUGCUGAGGUCUCCUUGAAAUCUUCCCCCUGGCUACACAGUGAUCUGAACUUACUGGUGUAUUACAGAGGAUCUCACAGUCUCAGUUCUGUGGUGGAGAGGAGAGAUCCCAAAGCCCCACCGGGCUCUCUGCUGGGAGAUCCUGUGGUGAUGGUGACAUUAAGGCCCUACAUUCCUGAGGUGGUGCCCAGUCCAGGCCAGCUUGGGGAAUUCCUCUUCCUCAUGGACCGAAGCUUCUUCCAUGAUGCACAGAACACACUGCUCUUCCUCCUCAAGAGUUUGCCUCUGGGCUGCUACUUCAACAUCUACAGUUUUGGGGCCACUUUCAAAGCCUUCUAUCCGCAGAGUGUGGUAUACAGCCAGGAAAGCAUGGACAAUGCAGUGAGGCGAAUCUCCUCCAUCCGCCCUGGUCUGGGGGGCUGUGACCUGCUGGGCCUCCUAAGGUCUAUCUACAGCACUCCUCUCCUUCAUGGACAUCCCCGACAGCUUUUCAUCUUCAUUCAAGGGAAGAUCUCCAAUGAAGAGGAAGCUGUCAUGGCUGAGGUCUCUCAUUACCGGGACCAGCACCGGUGUUUCUGUUUUUCUACAUGUGACAGCUUCAAUCUUUCCCAGGCCAUGGCCCUGGAGACCAAAGGUGAAUGCGUGUGCAUCCACUCUAGUAUGAACAUGACAUCUGAGGUAAUGAAAUGUCUGCAGCAAGCUCUGCAGCCUCUGGCAACUAGGAUCUCACUACACUGGGACCUUCCACCUGGCCUGGAAGUGUCAGUGAUCAAAAAAGCUCCUGAGAUGAUCUUCCAAGGACAUCAGAGCUUCAUCUAUGCCCAAAUCCAUGGGCAAGCACAGGAUCCAGAAAUGGGUGAGGGAGCCAUGACCCUUCAGUACCAUGUGGGCAGCCAGUCCUUUGAUUACACACUCAGGUUCUCAUUGUCACCAUCAGCAGAUGACAGGCUGCCUGUGCACCGCUUGGCCAUGAUGCACCUGCUGUGGAAACUGUUCUGGGAGGGAACAAGCAGGGCAGAGGACAUCUGGCAGAGCACCGUGAAGUCCAGCCUCAGCCUGGGGGUUCUUUCCCCCUUCACAUCCCAUGUGGCAGUGCGCAUGGAACAGAGGAAUGCUGGGCACUGUGAUUCUUUGCCUCAAAACUCCUCCAUAUUGUUCUCUCCCUGCAAUCUGGUUCCCUGUCAGCUGCUCUGGUUGCGUGGCUCCCAGCCUGUGUGGUUCAAGUCCACCAAGUUUUGGAUGCUCCAGAAGUUCCAGUUCUGCCUUGAGACAUUUGGUCACAGAGCCCCUGACACUGAGGCACCCACCCAACUUUCAGCAUCCUGUAGAGAGCAAAAGCUUCCUCCUGAAGAGCAGGUGAUGGAAGAACCACCAGCAUUUAACAUGAGUUGGGACUGGCCAAUUUCACCACUGUCAACCAGACUGUGUGACUUUUCCAGGUUCAGGGCAGUGGUGGCACUACAGAAAGCAAAUGGCUCCUGGGCCCUCACAUCAGCCUUGGCCUCUGCCUUGGGGCUCAGCAAGGCUGAUGUUGAUGAACAAAGGCCCAAUGAGAAUGUGCAGACAACUGUCUGGGCCACAGUUUUGGCCUUAGUCUGGCUGCACCAGUACAAAUGGAAGGUAUCUUGGUCAGAGCUUCUGGAGGCCAAAGCUUGUAGGUGGCUGUGGGACCAAGCUGAGGUGCAGCUGGAUGAAUGUCUGGAGGCAGCAAAUAGGCUGUUAGGCUGCUUUGUGGAGCCCACCAUCUUCAGGAUUUGA